AUGGCGCCCUCACCUCUCUUCCAUUUACCGUCGGUCCUCAGGCGAAAUCGCACCAAUGCAGGAGAAAUGACCAGCAAGAUGUCGUCGAAACGGAACGACCAAGAAACUAAAGCGCAGAAUCUGCUGGGAAUAACGGAGACAGACAUGCGAAUAGCGAGAAACCAAAGCAUUACCUCAACAACCUCCAGCAGGAGUCACAAUAGACCACCACAGCCAGAAAUGCAGGCGGAAGCACGCGGGCUGCGGCGAGAUGGGCGAGGAGGAGUAGGAGGACGACCGCCGCCUGACCUCGAACUCCGGCCGUCGUCAGUCUUACUCCAUGAGGAAUAUCUGCGCAGUGCUGUAGACGACGACCCAACUCCGAAAAUGUCCAUCAAGAACUUUGCAUCCUCGUCGACGCUGAACUCGCACUACGACCCCCAAAAAGUGCCAAUGCGUGUAUCACAGCAGACAUCCGAGUCAUCGCGACGUGACAUGGCAUUGCACAAGGGUAGCCCACGAGUCUUGUUCUUUCCAUUUGGCGAAAGGAAUUCGCCAAAGCCCAGUAAAUCGCCCAAGCCUCGUCCUGGCCCAGAAGGCCGCAAGUUGAGCAAGCAGCGACCACGGACAAGCGAAACUCCUACCCCGACACCGGAUCCGCCAAAUUGGCGGCCGGAAUCAGGUUACGAGAGCGUCCCGUCCAUCAAGUCGAUGAAUGAUGUGUCAAGAACACCUCGUGGCUCACAUUUUACCCCACCAAAGCCUAGUAGCUUAUCACGGCGAACUAUGGGAACCACCAACAAGGCGCUGCUUGAGCCAAUGGACCCCGCUUGUCUCAAAGUCAACGUUAGACGACCAAGGAUCGGUGCGAAGCAUUGGUUUGAUGGUUUGGAGGGCGAGACCAGCGAGGAUGAAAUCCUUAAUGAGCCUGAAUUCGAAGAACAGUUUGUUUCAGGCCUGGAAUCUGCCUUCCGGGACGAAAGAAUCAAGCCUCCUUCGGACCAGUCGUCGAUCCAGACGGACGUGCAAGGUUUCAAGACCAGUAGCAGCAGCGUCACCACACCCAAGCAGUUUCUGCAGAGCACAUCUAGUGUGGCUCGACCUAGUCCACGAGUCGCGAUACUGAAUGCCAAAGCUUCGACAAGCAGCCUCGCGCAACAGAGCACCAGGUCGCAACACACCUCGGCUAGCAAGCGGAAGGCGAUCCAGGGAACGGAUCUGACCAAGAACAGCUAUCUGGACCUGUCUGGUUCCGAAAGCGAGGACGAGAUAAGUGCAGCUAAGUACGCUGUGCCGGUUCGAUCUCCACAGCCACCGCAACCUGCCAUCCGGGACAGUGUGGCGAUGGCAUUCAACAACGAUUCAGAGGUGGAAGUCGGCACCGCCCAUGAAUUGAAAGCCAAACCUGCUGCCGUGGGCGCACAACAGCCCCGGGUACGUACACUCAAAGUAGUCAAUCGAAGCAGCCGACCCGACCACAUUCAGAUGCCGGUACCCAAACGUGGCAGCAGUCUCGCCUUGUCUCAGCUGUACGAUGAAGCCGAGAGGCAGAGCGCCGGGGUGGCACAAGAGUCAGACCUCAUCCCUUCUUUCCCAAGCACGCCGGUGGAGAGCGACAACUCAGCCUAUCGCAUGUCGAUCAGCGUUUUCUCCGACAGCGCGAGCGUCGAGAGCAGGAGGAUGAUGAGCGUAACCAAACAAGAGGAGUCAUUGCUGGCGGCCAUGCGGCUCAAGAAGGCCACCAUGAAGCAGACGGUAACCCGAGACCGACGGCUGCAUGCCCUUCGAAACCUGGAACGAGGACAGGUGCGGACGCCGCCGCGGCGCGAACCCAGUGCCGACUCGAUGUCGAGCUUUCAUCCCCGACAGCCGGUGCAGCAGCUGUACAGCAGGUACAUAGAUAGUGAUGGGUCCAUGUCGCGGAACUCGGCCACGACGAUUCAGACCAGCACCACAGCGCGACAGUCACAGUUGACGUACGAAGCACCAACCCAGGUCAAUAGGUUGUCAUUGUCAUCUGACAACAGCUUGGAUCACUCGGUAUCGCCGUCCUUGCUGUCGCUCAACACGCCCGACCGGCGCCAGAGCCGCGACACGUACUAUUCGCCACCGGAUCCUCAAUUGGCUGCCCCGGGCCACUCGCGCAACCGCACCGAGUCAAGCCACUUCAGCAACAUAGUCUCGCUGGAUGAGCUUGAGAAGGCUCCUGCGUCCCGGGAAGAGAUCCCAUCUCAAGAAUUUAUUGAUUGGCCAUAUCGCGGCUGGAACGCGAGGAUGGGCGCCCCCCAAGGCGUCGCGCACUAG